GGCGCGCGUCUCGGCGGCGGUCGCUGUGCUCCCGGCGCUCGCUCCCGCCUCCCGCCCCUCCCCCAGCCCCGCGGUCCGGCCGCGCCUGGCCGGGGGCCCGCGGGCGGGCCGCCCCGUACCCGCCGGAGCCCACCCGCCUCUUAAAGCGGCGGCGGCGGCAAGAUGAGGUUCCGGGAGCCGCUCCUGGGCGGCAGCGCCGCGAUGCCCGGCGCGUCCCUGCAGCGGGCCUGCCGCCUGCUCGUGGCCGUCUGCGCGCUGCACCUCGGCGUCACCCUCGUCUACUACCUGAGCGGCCGCGACCUCAGCCGCCUGCCCUACCUGGUCGGGGUGCCCCCGCCGCUGCAAGCCGCCGCCGGGCAGCCCUCGCCCGCGGACGCCACGGCCCGGCCGCCCCGGGGCAGCGAUCCCGGCCCCGACGCGGCUGCCCUCCCCGGCCUCGCGAGCAACUUGACUGCGGCCCCGGGGUCCCUCGUCCCCGCCCUGCCGCUGCCCGCCUGUCCCGAGGAGUCCCCGCUGCUCGUCGGCCCCAUGCAGAUCGAGUUCAGCAUACCUGUGGACUUGGCGCUUGUGGCGAAACAGAACCCCGACGUGAAGGAGGGUGGUCGCUACGCCCCCAAGGACUGCGUCUCUCCCCACAAGGUGGCCAUCAUCAUCCCCUUCCGCAACCGGCAGGAACACCUCAGGUACUGGCUGCAUUACCUGCACCCGAUCCUGCAGCGUCAGCAGCUGGACUACGGCAUCUACGUUAUCAAUCAGAGAGAGGAGCGCCGACUUAGCCACUGCUGCGACUGCUGCCACUGCCACCGCCGCCGCUGCCACCCCACCCUGGCUGGAGAGUCCACAUUCAAUCGCGCUAAGCUCCUCAACGUGGGCUUCCGAGAGGCCUUGAAGGACUAUGACUACAACUGCUUCGUGUUCAGCGACGUGGACCUCAUCCCCAUGGAUGACCGGAACGCCUACCGGUGUUUCUCCCAGCCACGGCACAUCUCUGUGGCAAUGGACAAGUUUGGGUUUAGCUUACCUUAUGUUCAGUUUUUUGGAGGUGUGUCUGCCCUGAGUAAACAACAGUUUCUCACCAUCAAUGGAUUUCCUAAUAAUUAUUGGGGCUGGGGAGGUGAAGAUGACGACAUUUUCAACAGAUUAGUUUUUAAAGGCAUGUCUAUAUCUCGCCCGAAUGCCGUGGUUGGGAAGUGCCGGAUGAUUCGCCACUCGAGGGACAAGAAAAAUGAACCCAAUCCUCAGAGGUUUGACCGAAUUGCACACACGAAGGAGACAAUGCUGUCUGAUGGUUUGAACACACUGACUUAUAAGGUGUUGGACAUAGAGAGAAACCCGCUAUAUACCAAAAUCACAGUGGACGUCGGGAAACCGAGCUAGCAUUUUGCUACCCGGAUAAAGAGACCUGAAAAUGGCCAGGGACCUCGGCUGUGUCCCUGCCAAGGUGCCGGGCUGGUCCCGCGUUCUCACCAAUCAGCGUGACAGCCCCUCCGCUCAGCAUUUACACGCCUUUCCAAAGGCUGACCAGAACAAGGGGGAUGUUCUGCCCCCGGCUUGACUUCAGCGUGUGACUUCUUAGCUCUACGGGGUGUUUGUUUGUGUAGAAACUGCCAGCCUCUGGGGGUUCUCAGCAUGUUCACAGUGCCUGCACCCCAAAGAAUCAGAGCGUACACAGCCCCAAAUUUGGUGACUGUGGGACUCGUUCCCAGUGGUAAACUGCAAAAUUGUUGUGAAAUAGGUAAGAAUUUUGUUUUAAAUCGUGUAUUCUUAUUACUUUAUGCAAAAUUGGAGAGAGCUGCUGAAAUUGGAUUGUUUUUGUUUUUUUUUUUUUUUUUGGUUGUCAUAUUGUAAGCAGAAAAACUGUUAGCAGCCAUUCUCUCUUUACGCCUCCCCUCCCUCCUUUAGCGCUAUACAACUGUUCCAAUUACUGUGUGUCUCUCUUCUUCGCAAAAGAGUUUUAAAACGUGAGCCUCAGACCCUUUGCCCUGCUAGCCGUGUGAAUUCCAAGGCAACCUUGGCCAUCAGAGCAAAAAUCCUUGGGUUGUCCUCACAUCCAGUGGCCUUUCUCCACAUUGCCUGAUUUCUGAAUGUAAAACUUUUUUAAGAAAAGAGCAGAUGGCAGUUUGUAGUUAUCUUGAAGACCAAAUCGAAUUCCGAUUACUGAUGUAGCUUUGAUUUCGUGUUGAUCCAGAUUUUCACGGCUGUGGAGUGUUCAGACAUGGCAAUUGAUUUUUCUGAGUAUGCGAUGUACACUUGAAUUCCCUAUGUAUUUAAAUGUGGUGUUUUACAUGUGAGGAAGGGACUGAGCAUUUUUUUUUUAGGGGCGGGGCAGGGCAGGGGGGCGAUGCUAAUAUGCUGUAGUGGCCAUGCGCAGGCCUCUGAUGUAGCCGGCCGGCCAGAUUUUGUGAAGAGCAAAGUCACCUGUGGGUCCUUUACCGAGGCAAGCCCCCUCCCCCACCCCCACUCCCCCAACCUCUGCAGGAAGGCAGACUCCUUGGCCUGCCAGGAAGUGCUCCCCGUCUCUUUACCCUCCCCAGGUGGGCAGGGCAGAGGGAACCUCUAGCACCGCCUUGGACUGACUCCUAGGACCUCCCACCCGGGCCCUGGGCUGUGGGGUUGUAAAUGACAGCAGUCAGAACUGUUUACUGGCCCUGAGCCCGGGGAGGUGGAGGGCACCUCGGUUCUGGCCCCCUUGGACCCACAGGGCAGCCUCCCUCAGCUUUGGCCCCACGCUGCCGGUCCCACCUUGCAGGACCGGUUCUCCCUCUUCCUCCCGCUUCCGCCCUCCCCUUUUCUGUCCCCUUGCUUUUUGCCUAUUCCUUUGCUUUUUUUUUUUGCCUGUUCCCUACAACUUGCCUGUGGCACUCAGGGUCAAAUACACUAUUCAUUCUCCAGCAUGAAUGUGCCUUUUAAUGAGAAACCUAGAAAUUCAGCUGAACCCACUCACACUCCCCCACUGACCGCUCUGGUGCCUGAAGCCUCCCUCUCCCCCCUCGGGCCUCUGGCAGGUGCUCCCCACUCCUGGGAGGCUGACCCACAGGGCUGCCUUCUCCAAACCUGCCUCUGCCGGGAGGGGCUGAGAGGCACGAGGCCGUUCCAGCUCCGGGCUCGGGGCCUGAGGCUCGGCUGUGUAAUCCCAGGCUUGACCUCUUAGCUGGAGGCCACUCAGACCUCCUGGGACCCAGCCCUCCGGGCGGAGGCUGAGUGGGUGUCCCGGCGCCAGUCUCACCUGUGCCUUUAUUGCUUUAAAGCAUCUCGGAUGCUAACUUGGUUCUUUUUUCCAGAAGCCUGUGAUUAAAGUUUAUGUUCCACUGCACAAGCUUUUGGGGCUUAUGCGAAGAGUAUUCCUUCUUGUCAACCCCCUGCUCCUUUAACAGAGAUGUUAACAAAAUUCAGAGCAACUGCCCUGAGAAGGAGUUUAGGGAAAUGCAAAGAAUGAAGGCCUCUCUUUCGGACCCCAGAUCCUGACUUCUCCAAAGUGCCUUAAAAGAAAGGAGACGAACACCUGUGGGAAAUAACUUCUUGGUUAUUUACUAUACUCUU